CCUCACAUUGGCGCGAGACAUCGCAGGGCUUGCUCCCUGGGCGAUUUUUAAACUCAGCAGGUUUACACCCUGGUGGAUAAUAUACUUUUGUGAGGAUAAUGACUGAUCUUGAAGUCCGCGGUUUCGAGGUGCCCGGGCAAAACUACACUUUACCCAGUACUGGCAAAAAAGUUAAGAAACCGAAGAAGGACCACAAGCGGAAGGACAAAAGUGGCGUAGCCAUGAAAAAAGAAGGUAGAAUCCAAAAGAAAAAGGAAAAGAAAAAAUUAAGAGAAGCAAUGAAAGGAAUGAAGGACAACAAGAAGAAAAGGAAAAAGGAUAGGGCAAUGAAAUUAGCAGUUGAAGUAGAUUUAAUUUCAACACAAGCCAACAGUGCAUUACAAGAAAGUCAGCAGUUGCCAAAAACGGAUGAAACAUUGGUGAAGAAAUUGGAAAGCUCCCGUCCACAUUGCUGUGAUCUACCAUCUCAAGACGGGUCUCCCAGUAUCCUUAGACAUCGGAAGGUCACCAAAAAGAAGAAGAAAGUAGCAUUUGAAUUGGGGUAUGGUUCCUUGGUUGCCAAAUAUCCCAAGGUUGUAGCUCCAUCCACUCAAUCGCCUGAAGUUAACGUCAGCUCCUCCAUGCAGAGUGAAGGGUCCAUGGGUUCUGACAUUUUGGUGGAAGGUGCAUUAAAUAAACAUUUUAAGACUCUGCCACAAAACAACGAUGAUUCUCAGUGCACAAGUGAUGAUAUAAACAGCCAGGAUCUUUUCAUAACCCAGAAGAGGUUCAGAGCACCAUCCCUCGACCAGUCCAGUGAGGAAAUCACAGAAGAAGGUAUUGGUAGAAUGCGUCAUGUCCAUCAAUAUGGAGAGAUGCGAGAGAAGGUUAGAGCUAAAGUACCCAAAAAACAACAGGGACACCACAGGCUGGCACUUGAAGAACCCUCCGAGCGUACAGAGAAAGCCUCAACAAGUUUCCAGAAAUUGGAGAUGAUGUUACUAGAGGAGGACAUGAGUCUCAAACCAAUAUCACGCAGGUGUAUUCCAUUACAUUCACAACCCAAACAGGAUGCUAAAACAAUACAGCCGGCACCCCUUACACCCAAAAGGAUGUCAUAUAUAGUGAACCCGAAACCAUUGAGUUUGUCUAUUGAAGUGAUGAAGUCGCCAGAAGUCCUUGUUUCCGAACCAGCCAUUCUUGAGCCACUCCCAAAUUGCAAGGUUUCUACCUCGGACACUUCCACACAGACUGAGAACUUCUUCUCCACCGAGCUCUGCAGUUACCUUAAGUUUUAUCAACAAAGUAGAUUGGAUAACAACCGAUUGGACUUACUAGCACUAGACCUAAGCCUACCUCCGAAAAUGAGAACGGACCCUGGAAAGUCCUUGUUGGACUCGGUGAAGACGUCAGCUCUCAAGGUUAAAAGUGUAGUUGGGGCGACAGGUACAAAGACAUUACCCCCUAUUCGAUCAGCGUUUAGACCUGGGAAGCAUAAGGACUUCAGUGUGCCUCCACCAAGCUCCACUCAAGUAAAAGUGAGUAAGGAAACCCUUGCCAGUCAGGCCCCUUGUACUGCUCAAGGUAAAGUUGAAACAACUCCAAGCCCCCAGUCGGAGGCAGAGCCAAAGUCUUCAGACACAACAGUGUCCAGUGAGGAAAGCAUCCGCAGUGGCAGAGCUGACCUAGUCCAGGUGAAGGCAGUCCAGAUGAGACUCAACGAGUCAUUUUUCUUCAGGUCAAAAGGAGAGGGACUUUCACCCAGACCAGAGUCACCACUGAUGAAACUCAUACAAGGCAGGGAGAAGAAAAGCAGAAAAAAGCGCUAAAGCUUUGUUACAUAUGAAUGAUUUUAUAUAUUAACAGCUACAACUUGACUGAUGCAAACAGUAUAAAGUAGCAUGGCUGAGCAUUUUUUUCAGCCAUAAGGUUUUUGCAUAUUUAUUCAGCAGUAACUGUUAGCAUGAACAUGAGGAACACAGUAUUGCAAUAGUUGUUCAUUUUAAAGUCUUUCUCAUGUGUUUAAAUCUAUAAAGUUGUUAAACUCAAUUUGUUUAUUGCAAAUAGAUUCCCAUUCUUGCAACAUUAAUACAUUUUGUGUUGAACUACAAAUAAAGUUAACUACACAC